AUGGGCAAGAAAUUUAAUCAUUCGGAAAUAUUUCCUAAUAACCCAAUGCUCAUGUGUAUAUGCGGUAGUUCCGGUUCUGGGAAAACUCAUCUCACUUUUAACAUGUUGACAACACCAAACCUUUUAGAUUUCGAUUCUUUGUAUAUCUACACAACAACACCAGAGCAAUCGUAUUAUCAAUUCCUCAAAGCUUUGGAAUAUUUACCAAAGAAAGAUGUUCAAGACAUAUUUCAAUAUUACGAGGAAAACGAAGAAGAAGUGGAAAUAAAAGAUAUCAUAGAAAACUUCAUUAAAUCAAAGAAUCCAUCUUUCAAUCCAACGGAUAUAAAAGUUUUUCUUACGAAAAAUGUUAAUAAUCUAGACUUGUCUAAUAUUGAUAGCAAUCGAAAGAACUUAAUAUUGUUUGACGACUGCGUAGCGCAAAGAAAUCAAACUGUUCAACAAGAAUUCUUCACCAAAGGAAGACAUCACAACUGUCACUGCAUAUACCAAUCCCAAUCUUUUUACGGGAUGGAUUCUAUGUUCAUUAGAAAAAAUGCAAAUUGUUUUUUAUUAUUUGAAUUAAACGAUAAAGAUUUAUCUCAAAUCAUUCAGUCUAUAAAUCACGGAAUGGAUAGAGAUACAUUUAAAAAGGUUUGUAAAGCUCAAUGGAGAAACCCAGAUGAUCAUGGAUAUGUAUUUGUAAAUACUAGAAAACCUGCGGGAGAAAGAGUUAUGAUCGAUAUAUGUUAA